AUGUCAGUAGACGAAUCUAGGAAGGACUCAACGGCUGUGGAUAGGUUCGUUUGUCUUCAUUUUCUCACCGAUGUUUUCCCACAGGGAUCGAAAGGCAGAGCACGAUGAGGCUGAAGAAGAAAGGCGACGUAAAAAGGAGCUGAAGAAAGAGGCAAAAAAGGAAAAGCACAAGAAGAAAAAGGAAAAGAAGGCAAAGAAAGAAAAGAAGAAGCACAAAAAACGGUCACACUCAAAGGAGCACAAGAAGAAGUCGGCAGAAUCAGAACCACCAGAAAAAAAACCAAAACGAGAAAAAACAGCAGAAGAAAAUGGCGAUAUUAAACUUGAAAAGCCUUUCAAAACUGAAGAACAUGCAAACAAGAAAUCCUCCAUUGAGACGGAGUCGUCCUCUCUAAAGAAUGACAAGUCAAGCAGCAAGGAGAAGACUUUGCAAGAGAAAGAAGAGGAGGAAGAACAAGUUUCCCGGGCAGAUGGUGAAAAGUCCAAAGGUCCUGUCUCCUUGGAAGAACUGUUAUUGAAAAAACGGGCUGCAGAAACGGAGGAGUCAAAGCCAAAGUUCGUUUCAAAGGAAGAAAGAGCUAGACUGGCGCUUCUGAAAAGAGAGGAGGAAAUAAAAGAACAGCGAAGACGCGCAACCGAAGAGCUCAAUAAGCAGAUCGAAUAUUUGUCGAAAAAUAAGGGUUCGUACAAUGUCUUAUCCAUAAAGUGCUUUUUCUAGAUAACAUAGAUAAAGCGGACUAUGGGUAUCGUUCUCAUGACAGGUAUAGACGCCGCGAUGAAUUAGACAGGCGGUAUCCUGAUAAAUCGCGGACGUCCGGUGCCAACCAGUCACAGAACCUCUCCGACAAAGUCAGAGAGGAAGAAGCCAUUAAGGAGAGGUAUUUGGGGCAGAAGAGGUUCACAAAACGUCGUCAACGGCGGAUGAAUGAACGCAAAUUUGUUUUUGAUUGGGAUGCUAACGAAGACACUAGUCAGGACUAUAAUCCGCUUUACAAGGACAAGCAUCAAAUUCAAUUUUUUGGACGAGGGCACAUUGGAGGUAUCGACAUCAAGGUAUUUCAUUCGUUCUGCGUACCCACCAACUUUAUCACUCCUUGUUAGCAACAAAAACGCGAAAUCGGAAGGUUUUAUGCGAAAAUGCUGGAGAGUAGACGUUCUGACACUCAAAAGGAGCAAGAAUCGUAUGCUAACUUAUGUCCUCUCCAUAACAUAAAUGCCCCUUAGAAAACGCCUCACCGGUCUUGCUAAACGCGAAGCCAAACAGCUAUGGGACGAUAGACACUGGUCCGAAAAACCUCUGGAGGAAAUGACUGACCGCGACUGGAGGAUUUUUCGCGAGGACUACAAUAUUUCAAAUAAAGGUGGCAAUAUACCCCAUCCGAUUCGUUCUUGGAAGGAAUCAACUAUAUCUCCAGAACUACUUAAGAUUAUAAGCAAGGUACGACUUCAGUUCAGUUUAUAUGUCUUCACUUAAAAGGCGGGCUACACAGAACCGACGGCUAUCCAGCGUCAAGCCAUACCAAUAGGACUCCAGAACAGAGAUAUUAUUGGCGUAGCCGAGACGGGUUCUGGCAAGACUCUUGCCUUCCUGGUUCCUCUCCUCACAUGGAUCCAGAGUUUGCCGAAACUGGAGAGACUAGAGGUUAGAUGUCGUUCAGCUCACUAUCCGUUCUUUUAGGAUACAGAACAGGGCCCAUAUGCCCUAAUAUUGGCCCCGACUCGCGAAUUGGCUCAGCAGAUUGAAGAGGAGUCGGUGAAAUUUGGCAGUCCCCUGGGAAUCAAAACAUUGGCUGUAAUUGGUGGUCUUUCGCGUGAAGAUCAGGCACUCAAACUCCGAAUGGGCGCGGAGAUUAUCAUCGGAACGCCCGGCCGCAUGAACGAUGUUUUGGAGAACCGAUAUAUUGUCCUCAACCAGUGUACAUAUCUCGUUCUUGAUGAGGUGAUUUACUGUUGGUCUAUUGCCUGUAAUGCACUCGUUAAUAGUGCCAAUCUUUUGCAUUACUCAACUCCACACUUGACUUUGAUUGUCUCCCCUUUUAGGCUGACAAAAUGAUCGACAUGGGGUUCGAACCAGAGGUGAACAGCAUCUUGACCUACCUCCCCGUCACUAACCAGAAGCCAGACACCGAGGAGGCUGAGGAUAAUACCAAGCUACUGGCAAACUUUUCGAGCAAGCAAAAGUACCGCCAGACAGUCAUGUUUACGGCAACAAUGCCACCGGCUGUAGAACGUCUUGCGCGGUCCUAUCUGCGUCGGCCGGCAAUCGUGUACGUGGGUACGGCAGGCAAACCCACGGAACGCGUGGAACAAAUUGUGUACAUGGUCCAGGAACAAGGCAAAAGGUUAGCCUCCGACUUUGUGGUCUCUCCUUCUCCUAUUGGCACUUCUAGUCACUGCAAGCGAAAAGGUAACCGACAACUCUGCGACAGUCUCCUCGAGGUUUCUUUUAUCGAUAUUUCGGCAGAAUCUCGGCCCCCACCCAUUUUAAUUUACUGGCUUCCAUCUGGGAGGUGAAACUUCCCCCAGCCAAAUCGAUUUUUGGGGCAGAUGAUAGGAUACAAGAAUCGGUCUUCACAACUUUCUUAGACCUCGUAAAGGUCUUCUACCGGGAUGAACUUUAAGAAAUCACAAUUGAGCUUUGAUUUUCUCGAGGGUCCUCACUGACGGCCAGACAUGGUGUCACACGUCACGGUUCACGAAUUAAUCUCAGAACCAUUUGUCCUGGGAGGGGGAUAAAUCAGGAUUGCAUACUUGUCCCUAACUUCCUAGGGUCCGUGCCCUCCGCGGUAAUCGUCGAGGCCUAUCUUUCGGAGUUGUCCAGAAUUUUCGGUUGAAAAUCUCUAAACAACCUUCGCUCCUCCAAGUACUUUUCAUUACACAUCGCAACUGGAACGGACAUGCAGGACAACCUGAACUUUCUGACCCUGGACGCGCCAACGCCCGAUUAAACCUAAACAAGGAGAACAAGUUGUCACACGUCAACCGGCACCAACCGAGGAAAGUACUAGUUGUAUGGUCGCUCCGGAUAAUCUUUCCAACCUUGGGGACACCAUCGCCAUAAGCAUCAAAGUCGAGGAGGAAUUUUUAACCCAGAUCUUCAAGGCCAGCCCGGAACUAAUUGUGCCCUCUUCACCUAUGAAACCGCUUCAAUCCCUGAAUUUACAGAACUGCAGAAUUUGACUCAACAGUGAAUAACUUACGCCGACUUGCCUACCCCUAUGGUAGUUGCCUUUCGGACGUGGUGUUUGAUGAAUGGAGCAUCCGAUAUUGCAGCCGCAGAACCCGGAUUCGCACACGCUGCUUUAUUCUUCCAAUUUCCACUCCUCGCCGUCUGCCUGGACUUGCCCCCACAUGCUCGACACGUAUGACUACUGUUUGCAGCCCAUUGGUAAGACGCAGUGGUGACUGGCGCCUAGAUUUGUUAAUGCUGAAGUGAACUUGGUGUGCUGCACUCACCUCUUCGAAACCCUUGCCGUGUGUUAGGGCUAGGGCAAAGUCAAGAUGUGACACAAAGUGGGCACGGGCGCGGAGAUUCACAAGGCCAGAUAUCUCGUCUAGGGGUGUCACACACGCGACCUGACUCCACACGUGCCAGGCUUCAUGGAGUGGGGCCUUUAGUCUCACCCAAGUUAGAGUUCCAUAAAAUUCACAUUAGGAGUCACUGUAAUCUUGUUCGCAGUCCUGAGUAUAACCAAGCUAUUCCGUCAAUUUGCAAUUCUACAAGUGUUAGAGCAUUAUGAUGGGUAGUAGUGAGGAGCAGAGCGCCGAGACUGAACUGACUCUACACUACUCUCUCUUCCACUAAUGGCCUACCUGAGUUGGGCCAGCUUGGAAGGAGAUUAAGCGCAUCGGUUGGCCUGAAGUGGAAUCACCGCCCAACGCAUGCAGCACGUAUAUGACCAAAAUGGCUUUUGUAGCGGCCGAAUGUAUACGGACGGUAAGCUUGAACGAUGGGUGAGAUUUUGGCGACCGUUGUCAUAUAUGCACCUAUAACCGAAUAACCACACACGAUAGCCGGAUGUGUGUGUAUGAUAUAGGCAGGGAAGGCGUGCGCGCAAUGAAUUCGCGGGUGUCAGACCGGACCGAUGCGUGAUUGGAAUAUUCAACCGCAGUGGGGAUGUUUUGAUAUUGUGUCUGCACUGCCGGUGGCUGUUUUCUUUUUCAUGACGUUUGUCUCAUUCCGGUGACCAGGAAAGCGCUCAACUUGUGCAAAUCGACACAGGAGUGUGAUGUUACGGUGAAGUCAAGGGAGAUAAAUGGCGAUACUAGUAGUGUCACUCUACACGGGCUAGACAGGUUGUGCUACGAUUGCAGCGAAUUCGAAGGUAUUCAACGAGUCCGGUCCGAGUCUUGAACAGGCUUUAACAAUGAGGGCAUUUCGGCCUAUGCUGGUUUUCUGCAUUUCAACCUUGCUCGCCUGCUGUCUCAUCUUAGCCUCUAUUCGGUUGAACUCGAAAAUGAAUGCUCUGGUUUUUACUACGUCCACUUAGUCAUUGAUUGAUUUGGAACACUAGGGAGGUCUUCAACAGAUCCCUUUAUUGUCGUUUUAGCACGUUUUGCCUGCAAGUGCUAAUAACGGCGCACUCACUUCUGAAUCUCUUCGGAUUGCACUCGUCAAUCAUCCUCGAGACGUGAUCGGUCCACCGUAGUUCAUUCUGCCUCAGUACUCCGUAGAUGCUUGCGGGGGUGUCUCUGGAAGAAGGACGUAGUUGGAAGUAGGUUAGAUUUCUUGUUUGGCCUUCAUGGGUUGUCAAGGUUUCCGCACCGUAAAUGACAUAAGGAUGGCAGUCCUGCAUAUUCCGAUUUUAUUGCCGUGGAUGGUUCCACGAUGAUUUCAGACUGAGUCUUGUAGCCUGCCAAAGCCAUGGAUUUCUUUGAAGAUAAGUUCUGGGAACUUUGUCGUCGAUUUUUAUGGCGCAAUAGGUGCUACGGUCAGGGCAGGAGAAUAGGUCUACCGCUGCAAGGCGGUUGCUAUUGACAGUUACUGUAUUUUGGAUGCAUUCGACAGUGGGCGCUGAUUGGUCCAUGCUGACCAUUUUCUGCGUGCUGAUACCUAGUUCGAAGUUUGCGCAUCUGGUAACGAGAAGAUCCAGACCUCGCUGAAUGUGCAUUCAUUCAACGCAUCUUCGCCGAUGGAAAGUAGGUCUUGUAAUCUGACCUUAAAGAUUCUUAUGAUGUUCUGGAUAUUGUAGUUUUCCAUCGGUUAGGUUGGCCUAUCCUGCCGGUAGCCUUUAAUUAGCAUUACGGCCAUCUUGACGCUAGUAUUCGUGUACGAGGGUGAGUGGGGGGGGGCAGACUUUUCGUUUUGAACACAAUGUAUUACAUCAAAACUGAUAGGGAGGACUUGGUAGACGGCUCAUUUUCUGUCAAAAUACCCAGCACCGUCUUCAGGGUGUACGAGCUGGGUGCGUAAAUUCCUAAGCUACCUGCAUCUGAUAAGGAGCACAGGUGCAUUUUCCAGGCGGGACAGUUCGCCGCGUGUUUCGGUUUUCAACCAGGCGGCCAUAGCGUUGGGAAUACUUGUCGCUCCCUGAGUCCACACCGAUGUAAUUGACUUCGCAGACCAAACUAACUUCGUCCACAGAGAAUUGUUUCACCAUACUUCCUGCAUAGGUACUAGUCAAAAACCCUGAAACGUGUUUUGCCGGUGUUUAUGUGGAAGUAUGACGCAAAUGCUAGGGAUUCGGCUCUUUUGCCUUUACUCCAGUGUACCCCACAUUGUUUCUGGCGUGACUCCAGCCGGCAGUUUGCGCCUAAUGAGUACUGCAUGAAUUGCUGCACGGAACUUCAGGCGCCUGCUUGCGCCAGCUAAAAUCUUACCAGCCUCCUCACAUUAUUCAUGCACGAAUUUCUUGAAUUUUUGCAGGAAGAAACUGUUGAGCAUCCUCGAAGAGGGAAUCGACCCCCCUGUUAUCAUCUUCGUCAACCAGAAGAAGGGUGCGGAUGUACUCGCCAAAGGCUUGGAGAAGCUCGGACACUCGGCCGUCGUUCUUCAUGGUGGAAAGGGUCAGGAGCAGCGAGAAUACGCCCUUGCCAGUCUUAAGAGCGGCCAGAAGGAGAUACUUGUAGCCACCGACGUGGCAGGCCGUGGUAUAGACAUCAAGGACGUCUCCAUGGUGAUAAACUACGACAUGGCCAAAACCAUAGAUGGUAAUUUUCUUUUUUUCAGUCCUCUUCAAACGGAUUUCUCCGGUUCUCACAUUCAUACUUUUAAUGCGGUGCUCAUUGAGCCUAGGGUUAUCACGUGAUUCGAGCCGUAGUUCACCAGUUAGUUUCGUUUGAACCGAAGUAGACUACUGCAAGGGAGUCCAUCAGUCACUGUCGAAUGUUUUGCAAAAGGUGAAGCGUGUGCGACUUCUGCAUGACAUAUCUUUGUCCUCAGAACUACAUGGUGCUGCCCAUUACACGGCAAGAAAAAUGCAGUCUUGUCGCAUUUCCAAAAAUAUGACAAGGUGGACAGGUACUGCGGUCUGUAUUUUUGGCCCUCACCUCAGCGGUCUUAUCCACCGUAGCCCUUUACGUAGAAGCGCCAGACGCAAUUUAGAUUUCGAGGUCUGGUUCUCAGUGGUUUGUACAAAUCCAGUGAUUAACACAGUUUGGUCAUGCAUACUUUGCGAAUAUAGACGCUCUCAACGGCGUCCGCUUAACGACAAAUCACUUUCCCUCACAGACUACGUACAUCGUAUUGGUCGAACUGGGCGUGCCGGCAAAUCUGGCACCGCCAUCACCUUCCUAACAAAGGACGACACUGCCGUCUACUACGAUCUCAAACAGCUGCUACUCCAGUCCCCAGUUUCCAAGUGUCCCGCCGAACUUGCCAACCACCCGGAUGCUCAGGUGAAACCGGGCGCCUUUGCGCCGAAGAAGAGGCGGAACGAUGAAACGGUGUACAUUACAUGA